UGCACUCUCUUAUAUUUUUCGAUCUUUGGCUUUAUUGAGCGACUUAUUGACAGAAAUGCAGGUGCCUGUGGCCAGUGCCAUUCUUCCAUACUUUCACAGUCAUAUUCAGAAAUACAAAAAUCGAUAAUGAAUAUACUUCCGAGAACUCAAAACGAAAGUAGAAAUGUAUAUUUACGUAAUAUAUACUACGAGCCGAGGAAGAGGCUAGAACUUCAUUAAGUGACAAUAUGAUGUGCGGUUGACAGCAUUACAUUAACAACACAAUGAACCAGUUUGGAACAUUUCCAAACCUGUUUGAAUUGGCACACAUGGCCAGGAUGCAGCUUCAGUGGUACAAGGAUAACGCGGAAGAAAACCUCCUGAGGGGUAGCCUGUCCGAAGCUCUCAAUUUGUAUAACGGUGCACUGGCCCAUUGUAACCUGAACGCCCCUAUUCUACAGGAUGAAGUGCCGAAAAUUCUCAGCAACCGUUCGCUGGUGUUUAGUAAAAUGGGUAACUUUGAGUUAGCUUUGACGGAUGCUGGACAGUGCAUGGAAAUUGUUCCUUACUGGGCUAAGGGCUACUGGCGUGCAGCAACUGCCUACAAAGGACUCAAUCUUUUUUAUGACGCACUUGGUGUGCUGAUACAAGGAUACAACAUCACACUACCGGUGCCUCAUUAUGAUCAAAACACAACAAUACAAUUUCUAGCGGAAAUCAUCAUCACAGUCACUGACCUUCGAAGACUACAAGGCGACUGUGACAGGCUCUUGGAGGAACACCAAGAACUAAAUCCGGGUUCUCCUGAAGUUCAGGAAUUGCUCCUUCAACAACUGGCCAACCGACAAUGCUGGGAAGGAGUAAGUCUGCUAGUCACCGGGGAACAUGCAGGGCCACGUAGUUCUUUGGACUUCUCUACACCCAACUGCUCCGCCACGAAAUUAUCUGUGGGGUCUCUACUGCAAGAUCUUUCCACUAAGGACCUGAAAAGAUACGGCAUGGAUCUUGCUUUAGCUCUGAUAAAAAAUGGGGCACCGAUCCAAGAUAUUGAAAGAAAAUGGGGAAUUCCAGUGCUGCACGUGGUGUCGAUUAAGACCCUGGAAACAGGAGUGGACGCACUUGUGAAAUUCCUGUUCAGAAAGUAUUUGAACACUCAGGAGAAAAAGAACACUGUGGACCAGUAUGGCCGCUGUGUACUCCACAUCAUUGCUUCGUUUAGAUCUUGUAGUGAAGACGAAAGAAAUCCCUUAUUAUUGCUUUGCUUAAAUAAUGGCUGCAACUCCUUCAUUUUUGACAAUACCGGAAAUCUGCCCAUUGAUUUUUGUGAAGCAGAAGACAAGUGCUACUAUUCCUUAUCCAGAAUGUUCAUGGACACGGAAAUAGUUAAAAAACAUAUUGCUGAAAUCAAGGACAAAGGGAAUACAGCAAAGACAGAAAAGAAAUAUGACGAUGCUCUAAUACAUUAUACCAAGGCCAUAAAGUUAUCAACGAGAUGUGACGAACUUCAAAGAGAGAGUGCAGUUCUGUACACAAACAGAUGUACGGUUCAUUCGGAAUUGAAUCGUCUUAACGAGGCAUUGGAAGACGCAAAGAGGGCAGUCCAAAUGGACAAAACGUGGUUGAAGGGCCACUGGAGACUUUCGCAACUGCUCAGAAAAACUAGACAAUACAAUAAAGCAGUCGAGAUUGCCGUGAGGGGACAGAACAUCCCGGAACUUUCAUCCCAGGAUAAAGGUGAACUUCUUUCUGAAGGGUUAAAGUCUCUUCCGUACAUGUCUGAUGCAGAAAAGGCGGAGCGGUACGAGGCCUUACAAACCGUGUCCAAUGAUGUAUGGCCUGAUGUGCUACACAGACUUAGCAAACAGGCAGAGUGGAUAUCCAUAAAAGAACUGGUCUGGGGGACUGGGGAAGGCACUGAUGCCAAAGGUAUUGCAAGGGAUGCAGACUUCAGCACAAUAUCCUUCAACUGUUUAUUCACAUUUCUAAUACAGCAAAAAAUAGGAAAGAUGAAGGAUGUUGGAUCAUGGUUAGUUCCCUUGAUUGUGCACAUCAUAAAAUCAAAAGGACGAGAGAGCAUAUUGAGAUUUAAAGAGACGGAGGAUGAUACACCUCUGCAUGCAGCAGCAAGAUUGGCUGUUAUUACAGGCAAUGCUGCAUUGUUGACGUGCAUGGCUGAAGAAGCAAAGACGAUGGAUCCAUUUGAUGGGAAUGGGAAUUCGCCGCUUCAUUCAGUCGUUAGGAUGCCUAGACCACCGCAAUUCAACACGCUGCCACAAGUAGUUGAAAUGCUUUUAGAAAUGGGUGUUUCAGCAGAAUUGAGAGAUAGAUUUGGAAAGUUGGCUGUGCAAUAUGUUGAUCAAAGUAAAGAUCCUAAAGUAUUUCAGCUACUGAAUGAAAGAAGGGAAGAUGAUAAAGCUUGUCGUAAUGACAAGGGGAAACCAACGCAAGACAAUAUGAUUAGUGACACAAAGGAACAAGGACAUGCCGCAGACUCAGAAAAGAGAAAGAAAUGUACUAACCAGGAAUUCAAAUCGGACACAGAAGGAUCAAAUUCAAAAGCCCAGAAUCAAACAAAGGAAGAUAAAACCGCUUCUUCCAGCGCUGAAGUCCAUGCUUCAUCCAAAAAUGAUUUCAAACUUUUCCAACGUGAAGGCGAUCGGAUAUUUAAAGAGGGAAGGUUCAAAGCUGCAUUAGUAUCGUUUGAGAAUGCAAAGAAGCAUAUGAAACACGCCAAACAAAUUGAAUUGAUGCAUUUGUUCUGCAAUAUAGCAGAUUGCUAUCUUCACUUGGAACAAUAUAAAGACGUUUUAGAAGAGAUUAAAAAAUUCCAAACUGUUACUGAGAAAUCAUACCAGGCUCAAAUGCGAAUAGGGAAAGCCUAUGCCGGUUUGGAGAAGCAUAAAGCAGCCCUUUCACGAUUUCGACGUGCCUGCCAACUCCUACAUGGCUCAUCACAAAUAAAUUAUGAAGACCUUUUGUAUGAAAUUGCCAUGAGCCAUUCAAAAUGUGGAGAAUUUGAAAACUCCUCAAUUCGAAACAUAAGGGGUUUUCGCAAAUAUGACUGGAUAAAGACAGUCUACAGACUUAUUGAGAAGAACGAAUGGAUUCCAGCAGAGCAGCUCUUUAUGGAUUUGUCCGGCUGGUCAGAAAAAUACGUGGAUUCGUUUGAUUUGAAAAUACUAUGUAACAUUAACAAAGUACAGGAACAUGGCUGGGUGGUAUAUUUUAUACUGGAGUUGUUGAAUAAUGGAAGUGACUACCAUAGCCUCUAUAUAGAAAAGGGGGAAUCCUUCCUUCACGCCUGCAUCAGAUUAACAUUGGCAACUGGAACCCUAGACUUGUUUCAAUAUGUCAUUCACCAAGCGAUGAGAAACAAUGAACUUGAUACCCAGGAUGCCCACGGAAAUUCUGUUCUUCACCUUGCCGUAGACAAGAGGACAAAAUGUAUCCAUUCUGAAUUACAAUACGAUGUACUACAACAACUACUGCAAGCUGGUGUCAAUCCACUUUUAUUGAAUAAGCAGAAAAAGCUUGCAUCAAAAUAUGCACCAAAGGCAUUGCCUCAUCUCGCAAAGCUACUCAAGAAACAUGAGACUGACCGACAAUGUGAGAUGAAACAAAAAGAACAAGAAUACCGACAACAGGAACAAAUACUACGACAGCAAAGAGAGAAAGAGAAAAGAAAGCAUUAUGAACAAACAAGAAUAAGGAGAGAGGAAGAGAGAAUUGCUGCCAUCAACCAAGAAUGUUUCAGAGAUUGCAAACAAUAUUUAAAAGAUGCAAAGACGAAACUAAUAUCAAAUGAAACGCGUCUUGCUUGUUACAGCUUGUUGAAAAUUUUUCAUAAAAGCAAGCAUAAAUCAGAUAUGCACAGACAGUUCGAAAACGAUGCAGUUCAGCUCAUUAUAGAUGCCUUUGGACUUCAAGAGAACCUGGAUGUUCCAGAAAAACUGACAAGGGUGCAUCGGAAGAUUUACGGUAAAAUCGUACGUGGUCUUGCUGAGAAAGAACAUUGGAAACAAAUGCACAUGGUUGUUGUCGAGUUUCGAAAGCAUCACGAAGCGUCCGCUCUAAAUGAUUUUGCUUCCGGAUCAUCUGUAGAACAGGUGCUAAAGUGUAAAAAUCUUCAGAAAAGUGAAAACUUACUGAUGGAAAUCGUCGAAAAUAUGCUUUACAGUGGGGCUGUAUUACACUCAGAUGGAAAAGAUGCAGUUGAAAUAGCCGUACAAAACAACCAUUUUAGGGUUCUAGAACGAUUGUUUCAUUUUAAUGCGAAUCCUGAAUAUCUCAGUGUAGAAGAUGGAGACACACCAAUACAUGCAGCUCUGUAUAUAGCAUUAGACAGAGACAAAGGAAAUAUGUCGCUACUGAAAAAGUUUUUAGACAUGUAUGAAAAGGAGCCGGGUCGCUUUCCAAUGUUGAAUCCCAUGAAAGUGAAUUUAUUGGGGGAAAGCUUGUUUCACGUUGUGGCAAAAGCAAAAAACAGUCUUGAAGUCACAAGUCUACUUUGCGAAAGGGGCGUCAAAUCAAAUAUCAGAGACAGAGAAGGGAAACUACCCGCAGAAUACUUAAAGUCAGACAAAGAUGAACGCAUGCAGUAUUUUCGGUUAGCAUCAAGGAAGUCGAAAUUGAAUGAGAUUGAUGUUAAUGAGGAACAUACCAAUAAUGAAGUUGGCAAGGAACGGAAGAAAAAGAUUUCAACUGACAAACAAGCAAAUGAAAUACCUUUGAGGAAACAGAAACUGAAGGAGGAAAUCGCCAGCAUGAUCAACAAUCUGCAGGAGAAAGAUGUGUACUCCGAGGAAUUAAUGUGGAAAAGUCGGAAAAGGAAAGAUGUAAAUUCAAAUACCACAGAAAAGUCAAGUCUAGUGGAUAUUCGAAAGGGGCCUCGAAACGUUUUAGAAAUUCAAAAUACAGUUGAGAGCGCAAAUGAAGGGGAAACAGAUUUUCAAAUUAAACCUGGGUUUUUUGAAAAUCAAGAAUGGGAAAUAGAAUGUACGCAUGAUGUAUGGAAAAAGCUUAUGGGCUCAUCUUUGACACAGCUACAGAAGAUUGAUGCCAUUCGAAAACUUCAAACCCUUGUUUCCGGUGAUCUAUCAAAUAGUGUUUGCUUAAAACUAGAUCUAAUUACACUGGAUGAGACAAUUGAAAUAUACGACUCUGGACCAUUAUUAUGGGAAAUAGCAAUCUGUUUCUCUCCCAGACUGACAGAUAUUGAUGCUGCUUCUAGAUCAAGAGGUGUUUACUCAGAGGUGAUUAGGGUAUGGGAUAUUGUAAGAAAUUGGGAUGAAAAGGAAAAAGCCUUGAAAAAAAUAACAGAAUCAUGCUUAAGAGGUGAAGAAUGCAUGGUUGACAGAUAUGUAUCAUGCUCCUCAAAACUUGACCAAACUCUUGCUAAAGGAAAACGAAUACCAAGAAAAUAUUUCGAGUGUUCACCAACUGAAUUGCAAGAAGAUAUAGAGAAGGUUGUGAAAUUAGUACUCCCAGCCAGUCAUCUGGCCACUGAGUAUCACCUUUUAAAAUUCUUUACUUUUACAACCGAUAUGGCAGUUUGUGCUUUACAAAGCAAAAUUUGUACCGGGGAUUUUCCGUUCAAGGUGACAGAAAUAGAACAUCAAGUAAUAAAUUUAACUUCAACUGCUCCGAUUUUGUUGCUAGGAAGGAGUGGAACAGGGAAAACAACGUGUUGUAUUUAUCGACUCUGGAGUCGAUAUGAUUGUCACAGUAGGCAUGUUGCAGAGAAGAAAGAGACUUUGAAUUUGCAAGAUGAAGAAGAGGAUGAGGAGGUUUUAGAGAAGCUAAACCAUGAUAUGCGGCAAUUAUUCAUCACCAAAAAUCUUGUGCUAUGCAACGAGGUUCAAAAAAGUUUUGCUGAAAUGAGAAGUUGUAGCACUGUUGGAUUCCAAAACCUUACAAAUGAGGUCCAGCCUUUGCCAUCAACACUUCAGGAUCUUCAGAAUAAUCAAUUUCCGCUUUUUACAACAUCAAGGAAGCUUUUGCUCAUGAUUGAUGCAUCUCUUCCGAAUCCAUUUUUUCGACGAGAUGUAUCUGGGAAUAUUUUGGAAAAUAUACCUGGGUGGACAAAUGAAGAAGAGUCCCUUAGCUUUCUUCCCAAACUUGAUUACGAUUCUGAAUCCGAAUCAGAUGAAGAAAUAGGUGGCAGAGAUGAAGAAGAUGGCCUCAGCGAUGAUGCAAAUGCAAUCAAAAGAAAAACCGGCUUUAGAAGAGAAGUUACUUAUGACUUAUUUUCCAAUUUAGUAUGGCCAAAAAUUAAAAAAGAUAGUGAUCAUUAUCAUCCAUCUCUCAUUUGGAUGGAGAUCAUGUCAUUCAUUAAAGGAUCAUAUGAGGCGUUGUUGCAAAAGCAUGGAUAUCUUAGCAAAGAGGAAUAUAUUAGCCAUGGAAGGAAAAAAGCACCCAAUUUUGCAGGAGAACGUGAGAGAGUCUAUGAAAUAUUUCUAAAAUACAAACAUUACUUGAAGCAACACUUCCUGUUUGAUGAAACAGAUGUCGUCAGGAAUAUUUUUAACAGACUUCAAGAAACAGGGAGAGGCAGAUGGGGUAUCCAAGAAAUUUAUGUGGAUGAAACACAAGAUUUUACUCAAGCCGAACUUUAUUUGCUUUUAAGUAUUUGCCAAAAUCCAAAUAAUAUGUUCCUAACUGGGGACACAGCUCAGGGUAUAAUGCGAGGCAUUUCCUUUCGGUUCAAAGACCUUCGAUCACUUUUUCACCACGCAAAAGAAUCUAGGCGAGAUUUUCAGGACAUCCAAAUUCCCAACAAGAUUUAUCAGCUGACUCACAAUUAUCGUUCCCAUGCUGGAAUAUUGCACCUAGCAUCAGGUAUUCUAGACAUUCUUGUAGAAUACUUCCCAGAUUCUUUUGAUGUUCUUCAAAAAGACAAAGGAUUGUUUCAAGGUCCAGCUCCAAUUCUCCUUGAAAUACAGGAUCGUAGUGAUUUAGGUGUGCUUCUGAAAGGGAAGAAGAAAUCAACAUCUGGAAUUGACUUUGGUGCUCACCAGGCAGUUUUAGUGGUGAAUGAGGAAUCCAGAGAAACUUUACCUGAGGAAUUACAACAAGGCAUCGUUCUAACUAUCUAUGAGUCGAAAGGUCUCGAAUUCGACGACAUCCUAUUGUAUAACUUUUUCAAAGAUUCUCAGGCUGGAAAAGAAUGGAGAGUCGUUACCGAAUUUUUGGAGAAAAUCAGAUCUAAAGAAAACCAUGCAACCGCAGUAAAAGAGACGGAUAGUCUGGAUGCCCUAGAUUACAGUAUUUUUGAAAAAGAGGGACGUCCAAGACCUUUAAAAUUUGAACCGAAUCAGCAUAAAGUUCUCAACACGGAAUUAAAACAUUUGUACACAGCCAUAACAAGGGCAAGAGUACAUGUGUGGAUAUUUGAUGAAAGCGAGACUCGACGUGCACCGAUGUUUGAAUACUUUCAGGCCAGAAAACUUGUACAGUCUAUCCAGGAAAGCGAAACAGGGGACGAUUUAAUGUUUGCUGAGGAAUCCACUGCCGAAGAAUGGUUACAUCGCGGGGAGGAAUUUAUGAAGAAAUCUUUAUACAAUGUCGCAGCAAAGUGCUUUCGACAUGGAAGUGACUUUCGAAUGGAAAAAAUUGCAAAAAGUCACCAGAAAGCUUUACUUGCAUCAAGAAUGCAAGACAAGCCAGCAUUAAUGAAAGAAAUGUUUCUGUCUGCCGCACAUGAAUUUCUGGAAUGUGAAGUACCAUCAAAGGCGGGAAUGUGUUUGGAAUUCGGGAAGGAAUUACCCUUAGCUGCCAAACUCUACGAAAAGGUUAAUAUGCUGGAAAAGGCUGCAGAGAUAUACAAGAAAAUGCAUUUACCGAUCGAGGGGAGCAGAUGUCUUGAAGAAGCAUGCAAAUUCAGACAAGCAAUUUCCCUUUUAUGUGACAAUGAACUGUACGACGCAGCAAUCCAUUGUCGUCAAAGAUAUCAGUUUCUGAAGAGGGAAUUUGAAUUGAAAGAGGAACCACUGCCUAGACGUCUAACAGAAAAUGCCCCAUACGCCUACCAAAGUGAAGUCCAACUGAAUUACAAUGCAGCGGGUGUCUAUCACAGACAAGGCAAAGUUCAGAAAAUGAUGUCAUGUCUUGAUCAACUUCCAUAUUUAGAGGAUAAAGUGGAGUUUUUAGCACAUCGUGAUCGUACGGAUGAGGCCAUUUUAUUGCUAAAAAUAUCAGGGGCACCAAUUCCUCUCUUUGAAUUUUACAUGAAGCAUGGAAUGACAAAUGAAGCUUUAAAAGUUGCUGAAAAUAUGGGAGAUGGAGCUUUGAGAAAUAGAUGCAAUAUUCUAGACAGUGAAAUUAGACUUUCGAAAGUUCAUGACGAAUCUGUCAUUGAUGAAUCUGUAAAAAAUGAAAUCGAUCAAAAGUUGGAGAAAGUAUUUUACGCCAUGCAUGAUUCCAAAGAUAAGGUCUUAGCAGGAAGAGCAGCAUUUAUGUGCGGAAAACUGAGAAAUGACAGAGAGUUUGUACAGAAGGCUUUUGGCGCUUUUCUAAAAGCUGAACCAGUACCCAGUCUUGCUGGCCAGUUGCAAUGCAUGGACUGGAUGACACUUCACACAAAUCUACAAAAAUAUUCAAAUAUAUCGAAAUGUGUAUUAGGAAUUAAGACUCUUUUCAAAGCCCUUGCCAUAAUAAUUAGACCAAUCAACGAUAGCGAGAGACUGCAGCUUGAUGACAUGCUCGAAUACUAUGGCUUUCAUGGAUCUUUUCUGCACAAAAAGCUUCUCAUUUAUCCACGCCAGAGACCAUUAGCAUUGGAUAUCAUCCAGUCUGAUAAAUUCGAAAGAAACAAACAUGUUUGCAAAGUGGAUUUCCAAACAAUUAAAGCGGGCCUCCUUCAUUUUCUGAUACAAAAGGGAAUAGAAUGGAAGGCAAAAUUAGAAGAGACGCUGGAAACUUCAAGAACGAAUCUUUUCAAAGAAUUUCCGAAACAUUCAUGGAAUGUCUUAGAAAAUUCCCUCUUAGCUGUGGAACUUGAAAUGCACAUCCGCAUAGGUUCCAAUGAAUUUCAUAAAAGGAAAGAAGAUUUAAAAACAAAACUUGGAUCACUUGAACAAAUUUCAUUUGAAGAAUGUGAACUAUUAUUUCGGGACAUUUACCCAGAUAAUGGAUUAGUAGGUAUUGCGCACAUGGAUCGACAAGAAAUAGUAGAAUAUUAUAGAAAUACUCGAAUGUUCGAAAACAGGGGCUUUCAUCAACCUUUCAUUGAAUAUUUCCAUCAUUUGGUGAAUACAAAUAGAGUGGACUGGAAAGAGAAUCAUAUACAAAGAUUUACUACCUUUGUAUUUAUGAACGAUAUACUACAUGUACGAAUGCGCGAUAGGCCUGGAAAGGUUAUUAAAGAGAUAGAAGAAUCAUUGCAGAAUGAAAUGACAUCAACGUCUGUUGAUUCCGUUAUAGAAAUGGAAAAAUGUGAAAACUUUGGAUUUGAAAUAAGGAGAACAACAAUUGAAAGAGAAAACAAAUUAUUGAUCAGGUCAAUUUGUAAUCAAAUAAUUUCAUCUCAAAUGUUGCUGAAGAAUCAGAAUCCAAUUGAAGCUUUGUUACAAUUUGGACGAUUUUGCAAUGCACUGAGUCUGAGAAAUGUCAAUGUUCUCCCCAAUAUUUCACCCCUGCUAUAUUGGAUGGAGUUUUAUUUAACAGUAUGUCUUUUGUCGAUAACCGUACUUCUGUCGACCCCGAAAGAUAAAACACAAAGAGUGUAUUUACCGGUAUCGUACUUUGAAAACGCCAUCGCAUUCAAUAUUGCCAUCUGCAACGAAGAUUCUAUCAUGCAAAAAAUUACCGAUAAACGGAUACUGAAGAAAUUUGAAGCAGAACUUCUAGAGAUGCCUGCAUGUUUUUCGAAACUGCUUUGUGGACCCUCAUGCAAAGUUAAUCUACUAGAUUUCAUACCACAGAAACAUGAUGCAAGAAUGACUACUCAACAGAAUGCAUUUUCCGAAAGAUUGCUAACAUUAGGGCUUGUUAUUUUCUGCAACCUAAGAAAAAACAUCAGUUCCGCAAGUGAUAUAGAAACGGAAUUGGCCAACAAACUUUGUUCUUUGAAAGUGCACAGAAAUACUCCAAGUGGGGUAAAAAUUGCACUGAAAACUCUAAGAAAUGAAAAACCACCCCACCCUAGUAAUUUUCAAGCAGCGUUGUGCUACCUUAUUUCAAUAAGAGAAAAUGAUAGCGUCAACACAUUUAGAGAGAAGAUCGGAAAUAAGGGAUUUUGUCAGGAUGCAUUUAAUUUAGAUAGGGAUACAAAGAAUGGAUUUUUAUGUCGUGAAACGGAAGACGUAAUAAAACAUCCAAGAGUGCAACAUAAAUCUAAAGUAAAGGACUCCACAGAAGUAUCUAGAAAUAACCUGAAAUGUUCAGGUACCACAAACAUUUCAUACCAAACUAAUGACAAGCAAAAUCCUAGUACUUCAAAGGAGAAAAAUCUAGAAGAGGAUUUAGAAGUUUUCAAGAAUGAUUUGAUGGAUGAACCAGAUACAGAUCAGCAUACAAAUAAUGAUUUUAGAUGUAUGCAUGAUACCAAAAGAGAGUGUAUUGAAUCGAGGGAGAAAAGAGCGAGCGACGUUAUUAUCCGUUUUCUGAGAAAUUUUGCAUUCAGGAAAAGGGUUCCUCAAAUGCGAACCAAUUUAAAGGAAAUACUUAUCAAAGAAAAAACGGAUCAAAUUGAAAAACUUUUUCACUGUUCGAAAAUCGACAGUAGUAUCUGUGAAGUUUGUGGUAUACCUUUAAGUAUGGCAGCUUCAGAAUCUAUAAGUAAGGCCGAUGGUAUGUUAUACGAGGAAGAGAUGAAUGAACAGCACGACAGUUCAGAACAAAAUCAAGAACUGAAGAAAUCUAACGAGAAAGGAAGGAAGUUGUGUGAAGAAUCCAAUUUCAAUAAGGAUAGAAAAAUGCCAGAAAAUCCAUUUGAACUCUUGCUUCAUGGAGGCAGCAACAAUGCACAUCAAACACCAGAAGAUAUUUAUGAACACAACAAAAGCGAAGCACAUCUAAAGAAUGUUCAUGAAUUCGAUUUGUUCAAAUUAAAGUUCUAUGACGAAAUAUUUGACACGAUGCUUGGAAUUGAAAGAUUUAUCGAAAUAUAUGAUUUAAGAAACGAAGAUACCCAUACAAGCUAUAAGGACAUGUCUUUCCAUAUACAUACACUUUGUAAGGAAAGCAGACGAUUCCGGAAUUUCGUUGAUCAAACCAUUCAUUCUAAAGAUUGGGGCAAUUCCGCGAUUCAAGAAAAAUUUGGAAGCCUUUGUUUUACCUUUGGUGUGGUAAGGCAUCAUGUACGAGACAUUGCCAAAGAAAAUAAAACGAAAAAAGAGAUGUCUGGCAGUGGUAUGGCAGAGAAUGACAAAGGAGACGAUGAUGCACCUAGAAAGAACAAGAAGAGGAAACUGAAAGUUCUACAGAAAAUUACUUUCCGCUCAUGAUACGCGUGUGAUUUUCAGUUAUUUUCACUGUUUUAUUACAAUUUGUCAGACUGGUCACAUUAAUGUAGAGUUUUUCAGAAUCACUGCGUCUUCUAUCUCAUUUUCUGUUUACCCUGUAAUACGAUGUAUAUAGAAAAUGUCACAUGAUAGAGAAGUUACAGACACACACGCACCAAUCUUUCUUUUUUCAUCUAAAGCACAGAUUUUAGUUAAUAUUUCGUCGUCAUGUAUAUUUGGCCCUGCUAGAUGAGACAAAAUCCAAAGUUCAUAUCGUUAUCAACACAUAGGACGGUUUUAAAUGAUCCACUUAACAUAUUUGGUUUUGUAUUAUUUUAGGCCCAGUCACUAAAUGACACUGUAACUAUUUUUCCAAUAAUUUCCUGUGAAUGAUUUUGAAUUUCAUAUAACAAUUGCAACCAACAUAAACAUGUAUUGAAUAAACGUCGAUGUAAAAA